AUGAAGGUCUACUACAUCGGUAUAUUAAACACAAGCGGCGAGAAAGCGGUUGAGUUAACCUCGGCAAGGGACUUGUCUCAAUUUUCAUUCUUUGAAAGAAAUGGAGUAUCCCAAUUUAUGACUUUUUUUGCUGAAACCGUAUCUCAAAGAACUCCAGCUGUACAAAGACAGAGUGUUGAAGAAGGUAACUACGUUGGUCAUACAUAUACAAGGUCCGAAGGUAUUUCAGGUGUCAUAAUAACUGAUAAAGAGUACCCUGUGAGACCAGCAUACACAUUGAUCAAUAAGAUUUUAGAAGAGUAUUUAUCAUUACAUCCAAAAUCCGAAUGGCAAAACCUUGAUCAAACCAACGCAUCAUUGGCAUACUCAGAAUUGGAAACUUAUUUGAAAAAGUACCAGGACCCAUCUCAAGCUGAUUCAAUAAUGAAGGUUCAGCAAGAAUUGGACGAUACUAAAGUGGUGUUGCAUAAAACCAUUGAAGGAGUGUUGCAAAGGGGUGAAAAGUUGGAUGCUUUGGUUGACAAGUCAGAGGCUUUGAGUAGUUCAUCGAGAAUGUUUUACAAGCAAGCCAAGAAGACAAAUUCGUGUUGUAUAAUAAUGUAA